UCCAGGAGUGUGCUCCCCAUCUCGCCUCUCUUACUCAUUUGCUCUCCCCCCAUUGCCGUGGCAACAGGACAGAGACUCGGCGAGCCCGAGGCGGCCUUGGGAUCCAGCCUCCCCGAGACGGAGUGACGCUUGGCAGGGAUAACAGAAGGAGCAGGUGAAGCUGCCUGUACUGCUGGCCGAGGGCAGGAGCGAGAGGUGCUGGAGGGGUGUGUGCCGGGCCGGGGGGGGCACGGUCCUGACCUGACCGUGCGUCAGGAGGCAAGGCUGACUCCUGCACCGCUCCCAGGGCUGGCUGCCCGCUCAGCGCCGCUCUCUGUGAUGUGAAUACUAAUGAUGCUGCAGGAAUCUCCUCUGCUGCCGCUGCCGCUGCUCCCGCUCGCUCCUCCGUGUGCAGAGGUCUGGUUAGUGGCAGAGCACACUGGAAGUCCACCAACUGGCGAGUCUUUGCCUGGUUUCAUCAUGUGAUCAUCACUGCUUGCCGUCAUAGAGGUUCUAAAAGGUACUGCUGUAUUGAGGAGCGGGUUUCUCACCGCCAGCUGUGAUGGCUCUGCCAGGUCCCACCCCCCUGAACCUAAAGGGACAGCAAAGGCCAGAGAAGGUACCCUCCCAUAGUGCCUUGCAGCAGGCUAACGGCAUGUGGUGGGAGAAGUGCUGGAAGACAGCAGUGGCGGUCGGCUGCCUGCUCAGUCUCUGCAUCUUCACGCAGAUCAUGGGAGUGUGGAUCCUCUAUAUGCUCAAUGGAUAUGGAGCUUUCCCUGCAGCACAUAAAGUGUUGGACCUCAUGCAGUACUUAUUAUCAGCAACUGGGACACAAAGCUCACUGGAGGAAGAGAUCAUACAGAAGGAACUCUGGAGAAUGGAAAGCUUGUGCCCCCUGCUGGCCACCCUUUUCAUCGGCAUUGUCAUCCUGGGUAUUGGGGUCCUCUACUGUCUCGGAGCCCUGGUGCCCAGCAGCAUCCCGGUCUUCCCAGAUGACCGGCGUCAAUCCAUGAGUCGGCAGCCGUCUUUCACAUACUCGGAGUGGACCGACCCACAGCAGGAGGACGUCUUCAGUGCCGACCCGGUGCCCGAGACCCCUGUCUUUGACUACUGCAUGGACAUCAAACCUGAAAGUGACCCGGCUACACUGACCGUCAAGUCAGUGGGACUCCAGGAAAGGAGGGGCUCCAAUGUGUCUCUCACUCUGGACAUGUGCACUCCUGGCUCCACUGAACCCUACGCCGCGAUGCUGUCACCACGGGAACAGUCGACACAGGAGUAUCUGCAGAAGGCAUCCAAUGUGCUCAUGGCGGUGGAGCUUCAGAAGAGGGCCCUAGAUGACGCGGCGCUGCAGGCCGAGUUCUUUGAAACUCCAAUGAACUUUGUGGACCCCAAGGAAUACAACAUUCCCGGUGUAGUCAGGAAGAAUCGAUACAAGACCAUACUCCCAAAUACACACAGCAGAGUUUGCCUUAAAGCAACAGACCCUGAUGAUUUCCUCAGCACCUACAUCAACGCUAAUUACAUGAGGGGUUAUGGAGGUGAAGAGAAGGCCUACAUUGCCACCCAGGGCCCCACGGUGAACACCAUCAGUGACUUCUGGAGAAUGGUGUGGCAGGAACGAUCACCCCUCAUUGUCAUGAUCACCAACAUUGAGGAGAAGAAUGAGAAAUGUGCAGAAUAUUGGCCAGAGGAGCGUGUGACAUACGAGGGGAUUGAGAUCACUGUUGACCAGCUGAUCCAGGCAGAUGACUACAGCUUGAGGAUCUUCACUUUACAGUGCGGCGGCGAGAAACGCAGCCUCAGACAAUACUGGUACACAUCAUGGCCAGACCAGAAGACUCCAGACAAGGCCCCGCCCCUGCUGGAGCUUGUACAGGAAGUAGAGGAAGCACGACAACAGGCCCCACCCAGAAGUGGCCCUGUUAUUGUUCAUUGCAGUGCAGGGAUCGGCCGAACAGGCUGCUUCAUCGCCACCUCCAUCCUCAGCAAACAGCUGAAGAACGAGGGAGUGGUGGACAUAUUGAAGACGACCUGCCAGCUACGCCUGGAUAGAGGUGGCAUGAUCCAGACUUCCGAACAGUACCAGUUUGUGCACCAUGUCCUUAGUCUCUAUGAAAAGCAGCUAUCGUGUCCUGUGGAGGAAUAGUGAAUGUAUUCCCACCUUCCAGAACAAACCUCCAUAAAAACAGCAGCUACCCUGCUAGCACAACAACUCAUCUUACAGCAACUUCAGAUUUCACUACAUUUCAACACAACCCCAAGAGGCCUUCAGAGACCAUUGGCACAGGUCUGAGGAAGGAACAGAUCUCAAACUGCUCUGCUGCCCACAGUGUUCUCAGAAAUGCUAGAGAAUCUCUUUUCUGUACACAACCACCACUGUGGAGUCUUCUGGGGUUUCUUGGUUUAAGAUGUCUUUGUUCAAGCACAACACAGCAAGAUACUUCCAGCCUGGAGUAGUAACGAGUUUCAGAAUGGGCUUGUAACUGUCAAUACUGCAUUGAAAUUUCAACCCGUAUUUUUUUUUUUUACCAUGUUCUUAUAAAUCGGAUUGGUGAGAUGUUUUUUCUUACAAAGCUUGUAUUCCACCAUAUAAAUUAUACCUGAUCUGGGACUGAUAGCAAAAAUGACAAUAUUUGUCUUGACCUUAUUCUGUAGACGUUGCUACAGGAGUAGAUCAUCAAGAGUCAUCAGGGUGAAGAAUACAGGUGGUCUGUCGUCAGGUCAAAGCAGAACCGCAGAGCCAACAACAGCUUGUGCAAAACAAAGUAUUUUGUUAAAGUAUUUCUUUAACUGCAUGAAGAACCCUAUGGAAUACAUCUAAGUAUGAGUGGAUGUGUGUUUGUCUGUGUGUUUACCUGUGAAUUUCUGGGUUAACUGCCGAGGUCUUUCAGCUUCCUUUGUGCAGCACAAGUAAAGGAAGAGCACGGCCUAUGAGGAACACCUGUUACUGGGAGCCCAAAGCCCAGGGACCCAACCUGCCAGCCUGGGAUUUAAGGACCAGCUGAGUUCUUGAAUGCCCCCUUCUCCCAUUGAAUGUAUCCUGCAUUUGGUAGCUAGGGUUCCCAUUUCACCAGCUGUUGAUGGUGAGCUAUGACUGGACAGCUUAAAAUGUAUGAAGUGAUAGUGGGCUGGUUAAUUCAGCACAUCUCUUUUACACAAUGGCCUUAUUCUACGUCCGUCUGAUUUGCUCUGUUCUACCAGAGAUGUACAAAGUUUCGUCACUGUCAAUUCUAGCGUCCUUCUCGCAGGCCCAGCACUGCCCGGGCCUGCUUGACAUGGGAGGGAGAGGCUCUCCCAUCGUGUGUCAAUUGCAAGCUCUGGGGUGAAACUGUGUUUAUUGGCCAGCCAAUCAUGUGACUCCACAUUGUAUUCCAUUGAAAAUACAAGGCAGCUCAACUGGUGUGGACGUGUCGAGGUUUGAAUUGCUUAUUCACAACAGCCCAAUCAAAUUUGACAGCAGUAAAUAAAUUGUGUGUGUAUUGGACUGUAUGUAUUAAUAUAUGUAUAUUGUUUUGUGGAUGUUCCACUGGACUCUUGAAUACCCAAGAUGCUGCAUCUUAAGUUUUCUAAGUGAUGAAAAUGCCGGUAUACUGUAUAUCUAGCUACUGUUAACCAUGUAUAUAUGAUCUUACUUGUCAACUCUUUGAUAGUCAUACAUGUCAACAAGUGACAUAUUUGGUAGGUAAAUCAUGCUGUGCGUCCAGCUCUCCUUUGUCUAUAGAGGCUAAUUUACAUCCGUCUAUCAAUCCAUUUAGUUUUCUGUAGGACGUGUAUUAUACGGCAAAAAAAAAAAGAUGUUGUAGGUACAUGCUCAAGCAGGCAGUUACAAUUUCUUGUGCCCAUAAUUAAUAAUCAGAAGUAAACAGUGACAUUUGUACUUGCCUGUUUGUACAGUUGCUUUCUCAUAAACAUCUCGUGCUUUGUGUUGCUGCUCUGCAUACACACAUUCAUGUGAGUUAUUGACCAUUUUCAUAAAUACAGAUUACUACCUGAUUAAGGCAAAUUUCCAUUUGGAGUGAAAUAAAUGCAAAAUAAUAAUAAUAAUAAUAAUAAUAAUAAUAAUACAUCUCUGUACAUUAUUUUUAAUAAGGGAUAGUAAUAACAUUUAAUUUCAUCUUAGCCACCAAGAUUAAAUUGUAGACAGGGAUUUGCAUAUAACGAAUAAACCUUUUAAUGUAUAUUAUAAAGGGUUAAGAAAGCCUCAUAACUGCUUUGUGAAAAUCACAAAAAAUGAAUAAAUAGAUUAAGAGUGUUGAGACAUGAAUGACCAUUGCUGUGAGUUUUGCAAAAGCAAGAGAGUGCACUAAUUUUACAAUCCAGGUCCAAUGUCCCGUGCGAGUGACAAUGUUACAGGAAUUUCAAGUCUGUAUAGUGCAUGAGAAGAUGAUGUCUAUAAAAAUAUGAAGAAAGAGUCACAGAGAGCUAAUAGGAAGCAUGGCCUUGCCGGUCACUGACGAACGGAACGCGGGCCAUUAGCAGGACCGGGAAAGCGGAGUCUGAAGCUCUCCGCUGCCUGCAGAUGGUCUGAUCAGGAUGAGUCACGCUCGCAAUGGAAAUGGUCACUCCUCACCCCCCCAUGCCGAUGUCCAGCCCUGCAGCCCAGCCUGCUGCAUCGUUCUCAUCAGUGCCCCCACUCCCUGCUAGGAGCCUCCAUCUGUGCUGCCCAUCUGCGCUGACUGUGGGGGCUUCGCCCUGCCCACAGCCUCCUCAUUCUCCCUCCUCCUUCAGCCACACAGCCCCUUUCCUCCAGCGCCUCCAUCUUCUAUCUCUCACUGCUGAAAUGCACUCUGUUCUAUAUGCCGUUUAUCAAGCACACAUACUGUACCAGGCAGUUGGAUUGAUUCACGAAUGGAAACAUGAGACUUCUGUGAAGUUUCAGCUUCACUUUUAAAACAUUACUUGCUAAUGGUAAGUCAGUAAAGAUCUUAAGAUCCUGGCAAAAUCCUGUAAAAGCCCAAAAGCAUAUAGUUUUCAGUAUUAGUAUCUGGUCAGUGCUGUAAUAUUUGCAGAAUUAGUUCCUCAUAAAAGGGUUAUCAAUAGUACAGCUGUAAUAACAUAGUCAUGUCGUUGUAAUGAGUUACCUGCUCCAGAAGUUUUGUAUAACAGCAGUGAAAAAGGGAGUACCACCAUUUUGAAGUUUUAGUUCUGAAAAAGUUUCAAAAUUAAUAGUAGUAUGUCUCAGUGAAAAUUGUCUACCUUGUCCAGCUAAACAACAAUGUUAUCUGUUUUUAAUGAUUGCAGCAAGAUGGGAUCACCUUCAAAAAACAUGUUUUAGUGACCGUUCCGAAUAAGCAAACAGUUGGCUGUUAUGGACCUUCAGAAACAAACACAUGAUGCAUUCCUUCUUGUCUGUAUCAUACUUUUAUAUGGCUAAAGGGCACAUUACUCUUUGAAAUACUCUAACUUUAGGCUUUGUGGUUAUGAAUGAUGGAUGUAGGAUAGUAACAGUGGUAUAUUUAAAGUAUAUACAUGUAUGACCCCACGACAGCAUGGAACUCUAGCAGGUGUUAAUAGCCAUCCCAGCCGAACUGCCCUUCCAUUUGUUACACAGUCCCAAAAUUAAUUGUAUUGAUUUUAAGGACUUGCAUGCAGAAAGAGAAACAAUAAUUAAUAAACUGAUCAUCCUGCUUUUUUCAA